GAAGAUGCUCACAAAAUAUGCAUACGAAAUGCUCGUCAGAUUGAGUACGAUUCCCUGAGCAGAACUUUGCUGAAACUUUCAAACUUUGGCGAGGCUUUGUGUGUUGUUGAUCAAGGAAGAGCACAGGUCUUACUAGAUUACAUGAAGCAAAAAUAUCAGAUGGAAUUUCCUCCGCCCAGGACAUCAGAACCUAACGUAGCACCUUUGGUUUCCACACAAACAAUUUUCAUUUCACUUGUAAAAGAGACGAUUAAUAUAUGGCUGGUCAGUAACGGGAACGAUGUUCAAUUUCGACGAAAGGAAGCAAAACACGACUACAAGUUCGGGAAUGAUCCCUGUCCCUGCUGUUUAAAAUGUUUGAAAAAAGCAGCUUUCAAAGAGAAUGAGUUUGCCGCUCGAGUUUUCUGCGAGGAUCGUUCUAUGGAUGCAUUGAGGCCGGAUCUGUUGGAGCAAGACGAAGACUCUUGUCAUGAAACGUCGGCGUUACUGUCAGAGGACCGCUUUCGUCUGGAUGUGCCUAGAGAGGAAUCGCCACUGGACAAAGAAACUUGUCACGAAAUGUUGAAGUCACCACAAAGUCAGAGGAAUUCCUUGCGACUGUUGUAUGACACUGUUAUUGGUCCCAUCGCAAACGAGUUGAAAGGCGAUGAAUUACUCAUUGUUCCCGAUGGUCUACUAGGUCUGGUUCCCUUUGCUGCCUUCGUCGAUAAAGAUUCCAAGUACCUCAGUGAAACGUUUAAGAUUCGCAUCGCUCCGUCGCUGACCACUUUGAAACUAAUCAAAGAUUGUCCUGAAAACUACCAUUGUAAGAGUGGUGCGCUGCUUGUGGGUAAUCCAUGUUUCGAGGAGAUAACAGAUCUCCUUGGAAUACCUUGGUUUCAGCCAUUGCCUCACGCGGAAAAGGAAGUGCAAAUGAUCGGAGAAAUUAUUAAUGCCACACCACUCGUCGGAAAGGAAGCGACUAAAGACGAAGUACUGAAACGUAUUGCUUCUGUCGCUUUGGUCCACAUCGCCACGCAUGGAAGCGCGGAGACAGGUGACAUUUGUUUGGCCCCAAAUCCUUCAAGGAAGUACCGGAAACCGGAGAAGGAAGACUACAUGCUGAAAAUGUCAGAUAUCAAAGCUCUGAAGCUUCGAGCAAGACUUGUCGUGCUUAGCUCUUGUCACAGUGGUCGAGGGGACGUUUCUGCCGAAGGCGUGGUUGGUAUGGCAUGGGCUCUCUUGGCUUCUGGUGCCCGCUCUGUUCUGGCGUCACUCUGGGCAAUUGGUGACGAGGCCACAAUGGAGUUCAUGAAAAUAUUCUAUAAACAUCUCAGGGAUGGCAACAAUGCUAGUACGGCUCUCCAUAAAGCUAUGAAAUGCCUGAGAGAAUCCGAGGAGUUUAGUGCUCCAAAGAACUGGGCUCCAUUUGUGAUCAUUGGUGAUGACGUUACGCUUGAAUUUGAGGAAGACAUCGAACAAUGCUAAAGAAAUGAGAACAGUGUUCCGUCACUUGAUCAUUUACAUAUGGAUUGACUUUUCUAU